AUGAACAUCCUUACAGCCACCCUGGCUGUUCUGCUCCUUGGGACCAUCUGCUCCCUGGCUGAGGCUGAUCUUGAUGAUUCCAACAUUGCUGCUUUAUCCCAGAAGCUAGAUAUGCUCUCCUUCCCUGGGAGAGAGUCUCAUCCUUACAUCCCGCACGUCUGCUGCGUCAGCUAUGUUCAGCGUCCUAUUCCGCGCAACACUAUCACCGCCACCUACAGGACCAGCAGCCACUGCCCAAAGCCAGGCGUGAUCCUGGUCACCAAGAAGGGGAAGGAGCUGUGCGCAAACCCCAAUGCUCGCUGGGUGCAGACAUAUUUGAAGGACUUAGAGAUACUGGAGCACUAA